CCUGGAGGAGGAGGGCCAGCCCCCUGUGGUGUAUAAUAAUCUUUAUUUCAUUUUCAGUAUCUCCAGUUGUCUUCCAGAUGCAGACUAGAUGACGGCGUCACUGAUCAAACGCGGCUGUGUUUAAUUAAGUCGGCUGAUCUCGGUCCAAAUAAAGGUUGGGUUAGGGAAACACUGAGGGGUGGACCGUAGCUGGGAUUUAAAUGCGCAUUUAGCCGCGGUGCAAUCAGAGCUGUUGUGGUUCCAGUGGUGCACAAGAUGCUUUAAAUCACAACGGACGGAGAAAGGAAGAUUGAGGAAGAACAGCGAUGGGGGUCGUAGUCAACGUUGUGGCUACUAUCGGUGGCUUCAUUACUGGUAUAAUGAAUUUUUUCACUGAUAUAUUUUUGACACCACCGCUGAAAGCAACUCUCAAACAUUUAGAGGAAACUGAGCUCAAAACUUUGAAAGGAGAAAUAAAGACUUUGAAAGGCAGGACUCUGUGGGAGAAGUCUGGAGCUGUCAUCAUGGCAGUUCGGCGGCCUGGAUGAUUUUUGUGCAGAGAGGAGGCUGCAGAGCUGUCCUCUCUGAAACCCCAGCUGGAUGAGCUCGGGGUCCCUCUGUACGCUGUGGUGAAGGAGGACGUCGGCACCGAGGUCCAGAACUUCAGACCGUACUUCAAGGGGGAGGUCUUCUUGGAUGAAAAGAGGCGUUUUUAUGGGCCCCGUGAGCGUAAGAUGGGCCUCCUGGCGUUCCUUCGUGUUGGGGUGUGGUUGAAUGGUCUGAGGGCCUUCAAGAAUGGCUUCAUGGGAAAUGUUUUGGGAGAGGGCUUUGUCCUUGGUGGGGUCUUCGUCAUUGGGAGAGGACAGCAGGGAAUACUGCUGGAGCACAGAGAGAUUGAGUUUGGAGAUAAAGUAAACAUCGAAGAUGUUAUCCGAGCUGCCAGAAGGAUACCACAGGAACUUCUUCCUCUGGAAAACAAAUAAUGCUUUUGAUUCGAAUCUCAUGUCAGGAAACAUCAUGUCCUUGAACAUCUGACAGUCCCACAUAUUGUAGAGUACAGAGAAAGUUUAGGACCAUAUAAGAUAUACAAAUUAUCAUAUAAAUGUUGAAAAAUGUUUCAGUUUUAUGGUAAAGAGUUUAAAGAUGCAGAUUAAAUAUUAAAGUCUAUAGUUUGGGAGAAAGUUAUUCAAAAAAUCUUCAGGAAGUGCAGAGUAGACAUGUGAGUUUGUUGAUGUAGCUGUUUCUGACAAACCAGGAUGCAUUUUGUGGUAUGACUGUCUGUGGUAUGAGGCUCUGAGUGUGUUAAUGAUGGUCUGUCUUUAAACUCAUCAGAGGAAGCAGACCUGAUCUCUAACACUCAGUUCCCUUUUGUCACUACUGAUACUACUGUGUCAUCCUGGCAGCCAAGAAACCGUGACCUAUGACCAAUAAAACAUGUCUUUGUAGCUGUA